GCAGUUGUGUUUCCUGCAGCACUGUCUGGAGCUCAAACUUGGGACUUACUGAAUUUUUUUGCUUUUCGUUUCUCUGUGUCUUCUUUCUGAGAAGCCCCAUGACCUCUAACGGGAGCGGCACGGGGGGGCUGGGCACGCGCCUGGCGGAGGAUCAGCUGCGCGUGCUAGAAGAGAAUUUCUCUCGCGGGUGCCGAAACCCGGACGGAGCGACGCUCGCGCUGGUCGCCGCCGAAUGUGGACUAAGUGAGGACGAGACGCUGAAAUGGUUCAGGAUGCGCAAUGCUCAGUGGAGACAAGCAGAAGGACUGCCUCCUCAACCGGGAUCAGUCAAAGACUGAAGACAAUCUUCAAUCUCUUUCCAUCCAUCCUUCUUAUUCUCUUCCUCUGGUAUUCAUCUAGUAUUGGACAGGUCUCCUGCUUUCUCAUGUUUGUGCCCUCAUGCUCUUUAGUUUAGUAGUUAAAUUAUACUUUUUGGCUGUAUGUGAAUUAAAUGUAUAUUGCACACACAAAUGUCAAGUUUACAUAAUGGAAUAAACUGUAUAUUUGGUUAUGGGUGAAUGCAGUGGUUCCUAUAAUGCUGCCUGCCAAUUUAUCUUAAGUAAAUAGUUUCAUUCAGUGUUGUGAAACAUUUCAUUGCUUAUGUUAUAGCAGCUAUAAACCGUUGUUACCUCACCAGG